GCAAUCUUGUUUUAAAUUUUACCAUACACAUAAUCAUUAAGUUUCAUCAUUAAGAUCUUUGAAAUCUGGAAAAACACCGCGCAAUCUCAACGAAUUGCAGCAAUGACUUAUUUCACAACAAUACGUGUGUGUUGUUUUUGGUAAGUCUUGAAGUAAAUCCAAUUGUCUCAUGCGUCAAUAAAUUCAAAUCACGAUGCUGCAGAAGCGUUCGGAGAGACUGUGCAUCUGGAGGGAGAUGAGGCCCGAUUCGAUGACGGAAUGCCGCAUAAGAUCAACGGGAAAAGCCCAGACCGUUGCAAGAGAUCGAACCCACCGGAUUUUACAAAACUUGCCUUGCAGUUGACGCACUAUAAUUGCCCCAUUAAUCCAUUCAUGAUCAGCGACCCCAUCGGCACCCAGCGAAGAAAAGCGCCCCAAACCAUGCAAACAUUGGGACUAUUCUUAAACGCUGGAUUGCUAAACCGGAGCGCUUGGAUGCAAAAACCAGGUAUUCGAAACCAGCCGGGGGCUGGCCUACCUCGGAAUUUGAGGGGCCGCACGCGACGCGUCUUGCGUUGUCUCCCACAAUUCGCCGCAGUUUGGCAAGUCUCCAACGUGCGUUUCGUAUCCUCGAUGAACAAUGCACACAGCUCCCUCACUCCUCUCCCCUAACAACCAGGAUCUCUACGUGGGUUGGGAGCAUCUGGAGUUGUGCUACUUCUGGUCGAUUGAUCUGCGGCGACCAGACUUUUUUGCCUUGGGUUUCGUGGUUUCCUUUGCGGGUCGGGGUUGGUUACGUGCACAUUAGUCGGUCUGAGAUUGGUUUACAGACUAUUGCGUCCCAAUUGCUAGAGCAGUAGGUAGAGCUGAUUGGGUGGAAUACAUGUCUGGAGCUUGAGAGAGUUUGACUGGUAUCUCAGUGGAGGAAGCCCGUUGCCCACAUUCCAGUUUUGAUUCAUACGCGAUACGCGAUACAGAGUGGAGAAGUUAGCGGUACCUCGCAGAGGGUUCUAGUUGCUGGGAAUAGAGGGAUGGUUCUGGUGAUUUUUGAGGUUGUUGUUGUUUCUGUGUUUCCUUGUGAGUGAUUUCUUUGACAAAAGAGCUUAAGUAUUGCGGCGUCUUGCUAAUGGUGGCCCUUGAAGUUGCAAGUACGUCGGGUUCGCGGGUUGUUUCGAAACUGGCAGUGACGGGCAUAUGUUCAUUUGAUGACGUUCGUCCUCUAGAAUAGGGCUGUGGUUAGAUCUUAGGCGCUUUAACCCGUCGGCUGAUAUAUGUAUCUCUACCGUUUUCGCAUGGGGAGAACAAUUAUGAUGGAGCAAAGAGUGGAGCCAAAUGGGUGAUGCCAUUUUCUAGUCGCGGUGUUUUUACGUUUCGAAGCGAUAUUGUACGUGCAGUCCAUGUUGCGCAGUAAGUGAAUGCAAUGGACGGCGAUGGAAGCCUCAAGGGAUGGCCGCUGGGGAAACCCAAAAUCAAAGCCAAAUACCACGCCGCCGUCAAGGGAGAGACUGCUGGAAAGUCAAGUAUAAGAGAAUUUAGGCAUAAAGCUCUUUGCUAUGACGAAAUGCUGCAGCAGCUCCCCGUCACUUUCUUAAGGUGUAGGUCCCCCCAGGAAACACACUUACAAGCUCGGAGUUGUCAACAAGUCCUGCAUGGCGCUGGAUUGGAGGACCCCUCAAGCAACGGCCUCCAAUCUGUUCCUCUGUCGUCACUGUCUCCAGGUGUGUCACCUCAUGUGCCAAGAAUGGAAGAUGGCGCCGCUAGCUCAGUGGGAGAGAAUGCAUUUUCAAUAUUCCCUGUGCUCCUGAAAUCACCCAUACUUGACAUGCCUGCGGUUUCCCCAAGUGACAGUAGGUCCUUACAUGGUACCGUAAAGAGCAAUUCAGUCACGAAGACGAAGAACUCCAAGCUAACGAACUUUUUUACCAAGCAACUCAGAAUGGUUUCUAACGGUACAAACUCCACCCCGAGAAGAAACAUCAAAAUUCUAAGCAAGUCUCGAACCGAGGGCAAUGUGGCAGGCUUUGCUGUUUGUAGUGCUGAAAUAGUGGACAAGGAUCUCUUACAGGGACGGAUCCAGAUGCACAGUUGCGAUACACAUUCAUCGCUCGAGGUGCCGCCUCUGAAUGCUUUUGCAGAGCUUUUGGGAUCUCAAGAUAAUCUCCCAAUCGCUCACUUGGACUCUUUGUCAAAGCCCCCUGACCUCUUCAUGCAGCAGAAGAUGGACUCGCCUUCUGGGCGAUACACAGAUUGUCAUGGAUACAGUCCCAACACUGUGAUUUCAGAGGUAGUCUCGGAUUUUUCGGAUUUGUCUAUUCCCGAGACUAUCAUGUCCAGCGUGGACAAUUUCGAUGAAUAUGCAGCCAAAACCUUUGCCUCGAGAUUGAGUUUUUCUAACAGGAGACAGCCUUGGACCAGCUGGGAUACUUUCGGAUCCUGUGAUUUUGAGGGGGAGCUUGACAUCGCAGGGACGAUUGCUGAAGGUAGAAAUGUCGCCUACUCUGAGUACCUGGAGAUGUCAGAUCCAGAGACAUCUUUCACCGCAUCUCGCCAUUACAACCUUGAAGGCAUCAACUGCAGCUUAGAUGAAUUUUACACACCAAAUUCGGAGUCGUGUUCACCCAGUCAAUCUUCAUUGGGCUCGUCGGCAAGCUGGGUGACAGAUGAUGACCAUCACACCAUGAGAGACCGACGGAAGCAGCGAGGUGUUAGAUCAGGUCGCAUGAGAGUGACAAGCCCCUUAUCGUUGUUUCGGGAUGGACCUUGGUACACUAUUGACAAACCCUCUCAAGUCCAGCCUUCAACAAAAGUUCACAGAAAGCUGACGAGAAAGUUGUCGACAAGUUUCAACAAGAGGCGAAAGCAGCACUCUCAUCCUCAGGUAGGUGACAGCAAGCGCGAGGGGUUGACAAUUCGCAAUACCUCUCGGAGUAGCAUAGUUAGUGAUACCUCCUCAGAUAAUAUUGCAUCAAGUAGGGCAGGAUGCGGGAACCAAAACAUCCUUCUAAUUGUAAAUUUACUGUCGGAGUUUCGUUCCGCACAGUCGCCGAGAAGUGGUGGUGUUGGGUACAGCAAGCUAGCAGCUAAUGCAGCUGCAGUUUCACGGCAAGAAGCUGUGACUGUGUUCCAGGAUGAAGUUGCACAGAUGGUGCUUGAAGGGGGCGACAUUGCCGACAUCGAGGAGUUUUUAGAUGGGUACAUGCGCCUCAAGUCUCCGUUCUACUUUGGGAUCGUGGAGGAAUUCUUUAGAGCAAUGAGCUACGACUGCUACAAGAGACCAUUGGAAGGGAGGAAGCUCCGCAAUGUUGCACGUACAUGAAGUCAAAGCAUUUACACAUUCAACGGGUGCACACUGGCUAGCAUCUGAGAUGUCCAUGAUGCCUUAGUUCAUAAUUCAUUCAAACUUAUUAAAUCUAUUUAAAACACAUGAGCUUAAUUGAAUAUUCCUGUAAUCAGUUAUUUUCAUCGAGAAAUGCGCUUCCAUCUCAAGAAUGUUUUUCAGUAUUUUCAGAGUGAAAGGCUUGAUAGGGAAUGUUCUCUUCAUGAAUAAAUAUUCUGACACGGUUAUUUCUCAAA